AGCUUCCCGGUUGCCCUGGCAACGGUGAUCGAGGGAGCGAGACAGUCGCAGGGGGAGAGGAAUAAAAAAUAGAACAGGGAGAAGAGGGAAUAAAAGGCGAAGAAGUCGGGAAGGGAGCGGAUGACAAACGGCGGAGGCGCGCGCGCUGGCGGGGGGGGGACCACAACUCCCAGGUGCCUUUGCGGCUCCCCCCCCCCCGUGCGUUCAUUUCUUCACGGAAACGCCCUCCUCAUGCUGUCGGUGAUGCAAAGCGGGGCACACGCAGAAAGGGAUGACAACAGCAGCCUGUUUAAUAUAAAAUAAAAAUACAUGGUGGGACGUAGAGCCUCUCUUCCCUCUCGGUCCUGGCCAAAGUUGCAAAGGCCUCUGGGAGGUGUAGUUCUCGAGGCCCGGCGGGAGACAACAUGGCGGCUUCUUCUUGCAGCAGCGGCGGGCCCGCAGCAGCUUCUCCGGGUUCCCUCCAGCAGCUGGGGACAGGCCCAGCCUCGGGCUCCAUUGAAGUGGAGCAGAAGUUCCUUUACGGACCAGACACCGAGGAGAAGUUGGUGGCACUGGGGGCCUCCCUGGGAGGCCGCGUCUCCUUCAGAGACCGCUACUACGACGUCCCGGACUGGCGCCUCACCCUAGCCGACCACUGGCUCCGGGAGCGGGAGGGGGCUGGCUGGGAGCUGAAGUGUCCCCCCCAGCCACUAGAGGGCACCAGGGUUUCAGGCAACCCCGCUAGCCCAGCCACAGAGAGCCAGCCGCCCCAGCACCCACCGCAGGCACCAACUGGAGCCCGGGGCCUCUUGCCCAGGGGCCUCCAGCCGCAGCCCUCGCCACAGCCACUGGAGGGAGCCGGCAAGCCAGGCGCCGCCACGCAAUACCAAGAACUGACAUGCCCGCAGGAGAUUGUGGCCCGCGUCUCCGGGCUUCUGGGCACAGAGCCGUUGGCAGGUUGGCACAACGACGUGUCCAGAGCCGUGGAGGGACUUGGCCUGGAGGAGUUUGCCAGCUUUGUGACCUGUCGGCGCAAGUAUCGCCUGGGCAACCUGAGUGUGGAUCUUGACGAGGCGGAUUUUGGCUACGCCGUGGGAGAAGUCGAGGUUGUGGUCGGGCAGCUGGCGGACGUGCCGGAGGCCCUGGAGAGGAUACAGAAGCUGGGAUGUCAGCUGGCAGGUUUUGAUGUGGAAACCCGAAUUCUCGGAAAGAUGUCUGUUUACCUGCACAAGUUCAGACCUGCACACUACCAGGCCCUGGUGCAAGCUGGACGACUGCAGAAAGUCGGGGGCGUGACAGAUGCACAAGGCGGGGAAGGCCUGACGAGGGCUUGGGGCUGUGCUGGGGUGGGAGACCCCCUGCCUCCAGGUCACUUGCACCUCGCCCCCACAUCAUCUGCAGAGGAAGAGAGGCCUAGUUAAUCUGAAUUAAACCUUUUUCACUGUAGAUUUGGCCAAAGAAAAGGGAGAACUGAAACUGCCAGAGGUGAUGAUGGACUGUUCUGUUGUUUUUGCAUCAAAAUCAGAAGUGCGCCUGCACUGUUUUUGUCUUCCAGCAACAUAGAAUAUUAUCAGGAA